AUGAGUUAAUGAUGGAACACUUCACUGAGGAAGAACUCGAGGAGAUAGAAGGCACAACUAUUCCGGAGGUACCUGAUCUUCGGACGAAAUUGACGAUUUUUUGGACAAACUUAAACGAAAUCCGACAAAUGAUAAAAGAAUCCAUGUUCGGUAAUGAUUACAACCGUGAGAAGAAUCAUGACACCGUCUGCACACAUACGGUACAUAUGGACCUCGUCAGAGUUUUUGUGAAGCUUACCAAUCGUGAAUUGACAGG